UAAUUUUGUUCGCCUGGGUGAGCACAACAUCGAGACAUCUCCUGAUUGCCAAUAUGACCACGCAGCAAAAAGUACCUUUUGUGCAGACAAGGCCAUUGAUUACACGGUGGAAAUGGAAAUCGUCCAUGAAGACUACAAUCCCCGCAAUGUUACCAAUGACGUUCUGCUUAUCCGGCUCUCGACUGACGUUGUUUAUACAGAUUUCAUCAAACCUCUGUGUUUACCCGAAAUUGAAGAGGUCCUGCCAUUCCCUGAAGUUGGUGCGCUUCUUACCGUAGUAGGAUGGGGAAGAUCUCGGGAAGGCUCCAAAAUGAGUCAAGAUCUAUUUGCCGAUGAAGAGGACAAUGUAGAUUUAUUUGACACUACCGAGGAUGCUGUCGAAUUUAGUGGAAUAAGUGGAAGUGGUACUUCGUCGUCGCCAGGUAGCCAGCAGUUACUUCAAACACCUGCUCCUACUCCAGCACCUGCUCCAGAACCAACCUCCUCCUCAAAACGUCAGUAUCCCUGCACUGUUUGUAAGAAGGUGCUCAAAACACUAAAAGGUUUCCAGGGGCACAUUGCUCGUCAUAGACCACUGAACCAGAGACCAGUACAACACGAGCAUCGACAGUCAAAGCAGUUCCACCAUCUAGUAAGGCACAGGCGGAAAAGCUUUAUAAUUGUACCGAGUGUAAGUCAAAAUUAAAAACCAAAAGUGGGUUUGUGAGGCAUUGUGCUGCCCAUAAAAUGAAAAAUGCUUUGAAACUUAGGCCAGCCCCUUCUGAAUUUCUUUUGAGCUACCUUCCUGAUAUUAUCAAGAAAAUAAUUUUGGCUUUUAAGGCUGAGCCAAGUGGUGGAAGCUCAAAAGCCUUGUUUC